AAAAUGUACGGAAACAAUGAUUUUUUAGAUUUUGAAAAUUUUGUAGAUAGUCUUCAUAAUUUUUUUACACAUAUUAAAUUUUGGAAAAACAAUGCGACUUCAGUCGGUCAAAAAUUAUUUGACAUUUUUUUAAAUUUAUGAUUUACCGAGUUUUGCUGCACAUAUAAAUCCAAUUUGUUUUCAUUGGUAUGCUCAAAUGGUGUUUUGGAUUGAUGAAAUUAAAUGAUAUUGAGAAUUUACUAGUUAAAAUGAAACGCUGUCAUAGACUUUGUUUGAAUUAUAUUGAAAAUGAAAAAGAAAUUCAUCGAUAUAAUAUGAAAAUGCUAAAAUAUAAACAAAAUAUGAUGAAAUUUUCAUAUAUAUGGCUUUUUUUUACAAUUUACGGAGUUACGCAGUGGUGUUUAAAUCCGAUUCUGUAUGAUUUAUAUAAUGAUAUUCAUAGCGAAAAAAUGUUAAAUUCAAGUUUCAAUAGACAUUUACCUUAUCCGGGAUUAUUUCCAUGGAAUGUUGAUACUUUAUCAAAGUAUAUAAUGACCUUUAGUCUUCAGUACAUUAGUGCAAUAGCGGCAGCUAUCGAAAUAGCUGGUUAUGAUAUUUUCAAUAUUAUUCUCUUAGUCAAUACAUACGUCAAUUUACAGCAUUUGAAUAAAACUUUAUUUAAGCAAGCGGAUAAUUUAUCAAAAUUCAGUAACAAAGUGGACACUAUAAAAGUUAGAAACAAGUUAAAGAUGUAUAUGAUACAUCAUCGAGAAAUUUUAGAAUUUGUUGAAAAAUUGAAAAAAGUAUCGAGCUAUCCAAUGUUUAUACUUUGUCUUGACAGUACCAUUGCUUUGUGUCUAGUAUCCGUUGAAGUGUCAACAAUGAGAAUUGAUUCGACUAUAGAAUGCAUUAUGAAACUCACGAGCAUGAUGUCAUAUUGGACGGGAAUCGCCUUGCAGCUAUUUAUUUUUACAUUUCUUGCAACGACAAUUGAAGAGUUGGGAUUAAAAACUGCAGAUGCAAUCUAUUCAUGCAACUGGGAGCAAUCCAUGGUUCAAUACAAAGGUGAAUUUAGUGGUGACCACCGACGAACAGUAAUUGAAAUGAAUCAAAUAAUAACUUUUAGUUUGAUGCGUGCUCAAAAACCGAUAGUUUUUACUGGGGGAAUGUUUUAUGUCCUAUCGUUAAAAACUUUUAAAGCUCUCACGGGUUUUUCUUUAUCGAAUGCUCUUGUACUACGUCAGCUUUCGAGCGAAACAUAAAUUCAAUAGGAUAAAAAAAGUGUUAAUUAAUUUAACUUUCUUUUU